AUGAGUUUUGCCGAUGCAUUCAAGGAUGUCAAGUCUGCCGCUGACAUUCCACAAGAGCUUGCACAAUGCAUGUUUGCAGGUGGAGGUUUUUUGAUUUUAAAAGACUUCCCCAUUGGAGGAGAAUUCGGAAUCGAUUAUAAAUCCUGGAAUGUAGCCGAGAAGUUCUUGGGAGUGAAAAUGAUUCCUCCCGGAGUACAUUUCAUUUACUGCAGUGUGAAAGGAACUCCACGAAUCGGAUUUUUCCACACUUUCAAAGCUGGUGAGAUUGUUAUUAAGCGUUGGGAUACCAAAGAUGAAGAUUUUGCUAAUGAGGAGGCGAGCCAGGAAGAGAUUGAUAGGAUUAGAGCAAACUUAAGGAACAUCGAUCGCAAUUUGGGUCCUUACCCAUUCGAAAACUAUCGAUCAUGGUUCGCCCUAACUCAACACGUCAAUGAAAGCACUGUUAGACGGUUACAUCCAUUGAAGGGUAGAAUCACAGCUCAAGCUGAGUUGGUCAGCAUGGAAACAUCGAUCAUGGAGAACCAAGAGUUGAACGAAAAUGUUCGUGCGAGUAACAGUGUAGAUCGCGAGAACCCCAAACGUAUCCGAUUUGUGGACACAAGUGGACUACCAAUCAUGAAAAUCCGCGAAGGGUACGAAAUUCGCUUCGUUGAAUUCCCUCAAUUAACUACAACCUCAAGAGUUGGUGUCGAUCAUUCUCAACAACUGUGUUUGCUUCUUAACAAACUAGGAAACGAUUGGAAGAAACUCAUUGAGGAAGUUGAAUUCUCCUUUGUCUGUUUCCUCAUUGGACAAGUUUUUGAAGGCUUUGAGCAGUGGAAGAGAUUUAUUCAUUUGUUAUGCUGUUGUCCCUCAUCCUUUGCUACCCUUAAUGAUCUCUACAUAGCAUUCAUCCGUGUUUUGUUUUUCCAAUUGAAAGAAUGUCCUAAAGACUUUUUCAUUGACAUCGUUUCGAGAGACAACUUCUUAACAACUACACUGUCUAUGCUGUUUGCAAACAUUCGAGAUUCGGAUAUAGCUUCAGCCGAGUUGAAAAAGAAAAGUUUACAGUUCAAGACAUACCUCACCCAACAGUUCAAAUGGGAUUUUGAAUGUGAUGAUUAA